GAUACUCAGUGUGGAUUCCUCACGAAUUAUUUUGUUCAUGAUAGUGGCGACCUAGCAUUAGUUGGGCGUUUGGAAUCUCGAUCGAUUGAUCGACAUGGAGGACUCAAGCUUCAUGGAGUGGGCGAUAAACACGCUGGACCAGCACACCUUCCCCGCCACCGCUGCCUCUCCGGAAUACGAUAUUGGCAGCUUCCACUGCGGCGAGCAUGCUGCCGCCGCCUUCCCCUCGCAGGCUCUUCCCGGUGACAACUGGGAUAGCAGCUCCGGUGAUGCGGUGGUCCGCGCCGCGGUCGCCAGAGCUAGCACGCCAAUGAGCGCUGCGUCGACGCGGUCGGACGCGAGAGGAGGGCAAAAGCGUGCUGGCGGGAGGAGAUCCGGGAGCAGCUUGCAGUUGCAGGGCUCCGCUACGUCGUCGACGUCUUCUGAUCCCGCCAAGGACCACAUAAUCGCGGAGCGCCACCGCAGGGCGAAGAUCAACCAGCGACUCAUGGAGCUCUCCACUCUUAUCCCCGGACUCAAGAAGAUGAACAAGGCAACGAUUAUUGGGGAUGCGGUGAAGCACGUGAGAGAGCUCCAUGAGAAGGUGAAGAUCCUCGAGAACAACAACAUGCAUGCUUCCACAACCACCAUCAGCUCUGCUGUUCUCGUUCACAAAAAACGGCCCUGCCUAGGCGGCCGCACCAGCAACUACGGCAACGAUGACGUUGGUGAUCCGAGCCAGUUGGGCACAUGGCUUCCAGAGAUCAAGGUCUGGUUUUCAGAUAAGAGUGUGCUAUUGCAUAUCCACUGCGAAAACACAAAUGGAAUACUAGUGAGGGUGCUGGCAGAGGUGGAGGUAGUCCGACUUGCCAUCACCCACACUAGCAGCAUGCCAUUCCUAGCCAACACCACCAUCAUCAACAUUACCGCCAAGAAAAGGGACAAUGAAGCAAAAAAGCACAUGUUUCUUGGAAAACAAACUGAGGAAGGUUGGAUCAUUACCGGAUCAAGGCAUCUUAGGGGCCGCGAUUGGAUGGAGAAGGCCAGAACAUGCCUCUACCAAAUCAAGAUAUGUCGCAUCGCACAAUCCCUCAUCUUUUUAACAGUUGGAAGAAGGGUUCAACUCAACAGUGGAGGAGAUGGUCAAAAGGCUGAACUCUGUACUGGAUCAAAAUUAGGGUAUCCAGAACUUGUGCACACCGUAGUCAAACUGGUUUUUGAUGCUUUCACAUUGAUGCCCACCAUCAUGGGCCCAUUUACAAAUAAAGCAAAGUAGCAACCAAAGUAUCUAGGUGCUCCGAUGGUCGCUUGCUUAGUGGAAAGAUGGUUCAACUUAGCAAUAAACACAUCAUUA